ACCUCCGGAGCUUCAGUGCAAUCCUCGGCAGUGUUCUGAGACUGCACUUUACGACUCCGACCACUCAUCUGGAUAUUAACCUGAACCCAGAGCAUGGACUUUCCCCUUUCCGGACGAUAAAUAAGCACAAAACAGGAACUGGAUAUUCUUAAUUUUAACGCGUAAAACUUUAUUUUUUCUUCUCCAAGAGUUUUAUAAACUGCAUGAUUUGGUUGUUUCGGACGGGAAUGAACCAUGGCGUCUGAAAAAGAAAAGAAGAGACAUCAUUCAGAACGGCGGAAAGAGAAAUCGCGUGAUGCAGCGCGCAGCAGGAGGAGUAAGGAGACCGAGGUGUUCUACGAGCUGGCACAUCAGCUGCCUCUGCCUCAUAGCAUCCGCUCACACCUGGACAAAGCGUCCAUCAUGAGACUGACCAUCAGCUUCCUCCGUACACGCAAAAUGCUUACAUCAGGGUGCUUGAGCGGGCAGUUAAAGGAGGACACACAGAUGGACAUUCUGUAUUUGAAGUCUCUGCAAGGCUUCGUUGCUGUUGUGACAUCUGAAGGCGACAUGAUCUUCCUCUCAGAGAACAUCAGUAAAUUUAUGGGUCUCGCACAGGUGGAAUUAAUGGGACAUAGCAUUUUCGAUUUUACGCAUCCUUGUGAUCAUGAGGAGAUCCGAGAGAACCUCAGUGUCAAAACAGGACCAGUGUAUGGCAGGAGACAUAAAGAACUGAGCACAGAGAGAGAUUUCUUCAUGAGAAUGAAAUGCACAGUCACCAACAGAGGACGCACAGUCAACCUUAAAUCAGCCAGCUGGAAGGUGCUGCACUGCACAGGGCAUUUAAAGGUGUACCCCAGCCGACCACCUCAUGUUUUGUGCGGGUUUGCUGAGCCCCCCCUGACUUGCCUGGUAGUGUUGUGUGAGCCCAUCCCUCAUCCUUCCAUUGUGGACACACCAAUAGAUGGCAAGACCUUCAUGAGUCGACACAGCAUGGACUUGAAGUUCACCUACUGUGAUGAGAGCGUGAGAAAACUGGUUGGGUACACUCCAGACGACUUAGUGGGACGCUCUGUCUAUGACUUCUAUCAUGCACUUGACGUGGAUAAUAUGACUAAGAGUCAUCAGAAUUUGUGUACUAAAGGCCAGGUGGUGAGUGGUCACUAUCGGAUGUUGUCUAAGCAUGGUGGUUACGUAUGGAUGGAGACACAUGGCACGGUCCUCUAUAACAACCGCAACUCUCAGCCACAGUGCAUCGUGUGCAUUAACUACGUCUUAAGUGACAUCGAAGAGAAGUCCACUGUGCUCUCCAUGGACCAGAUGGAGUCGUUUUUCAAACCAAUAAACAGGCUGGUCACAAAUGAACUUUUCUGCCAGGGCUCAGAAACAUCGAACAUAUUCUUUACCAAACUCAAGGAGGAACCUGAAGAGAUCGUUGCCACACCAGAAGAAGCGAUCAUUGCCCUGGACUUUGGAAGUCCCGAGUUUGAAGCUUCUGCUUCUUUCUACAAAUCUCCUAGCCAGGCUUCGGUCAAUACAAUGUGGGAAAUUCAGUCUCCACAUCGUGGUUCUGACAACAGCCUAGUCAAUGCUUCAUCCAGCUCAGUUACAAGCCUGAGUAACAGCUGCAGCUCCACUCCUGAUAGAACUGGAGGAGUUUACUACGGCAGUGAAGAUAAUGAGCUGAAGGUUGAGCUGACAGAACGACUUUUUGCACAGGACAGUAACAAUGAACAGUGGAACUUCAAUGAUCUGGACCUGGAGACUUUGGCUCCCUACAUCCCCAUGGAUGGUGAAGACUUCCAGCUCAAUCCCAUUGCUCAGGAAGAGUCCUUAUCUGAGUCCAGCUCAAACCUCUGUGCCCAGCCACAAUUUAAGUUCAGCAAUGUGACUAGUCUUUUCCAGCCUCUCACGUCUGAACAUAAAAACUGCCCCAGCCCUUACCCUGAGAUACCACUAAUCCCUUCUUACCAGGCUCCUUCAAAUACCCUGCACUCAUCUGGAACAGGCAUGCACCUCCAUCAGAUUACUAUGGCUAACAGUUUCAAACGCAAGAGACAGGAUGAAUUUAAUUCUUCUUGCUCAUUUCCAAAUAUUCCUCAGUGUAUCAAGCAGGAUGGAAUAAGUCGCAGUGAGUCAGUAGACAACAUGUGGAAGAGAAUGAAGACUGCAAACACAAAUGGGUGUGCCUUUUCUGCCAGGAAACCCCCUGAUCCCAGAGAUCCUUUCUCAGGUGGACAAGUAGGCAAGCAUUCUCAACCUAUUCCCUGUCGGCCUCCUCCAGAUUCCCGGAUCUCUAGACAACUCAAACAGCCUUUUACUGAAGAGCGCUUCUGCUCUUCAGCAUAUAAUCAGUAUGGUGUGCCACCAUACAUAAAACAGGUCACAGGGGUUACAAAUCGAUUGCUAGGCCCAUCCUUUGACCCGUACUGCCUGGCAGAGCUGACUCAGUAUGACUUUGACGUGAACGUUCCGUUGCAAGGAAAUCUUCAUCUGCUGCAGGGCUAUGAUCUGCUCAAAGCUUUAGACCAGUCCACAUAGACUGAAAUACUUCAGAUGCGUCCAGUCUGGGUCUCUCAAUUUAUUCUGUGCCUAUUACAAACACACACACCUUUCCUAUAACGGCUGCCUCUACAAUUUCAGAAUACAAUAUCUAUAACUAAGUCACAACUGUUUCAGUUUUUAGACAUAUGCAUAUAAAUUCUAUUAAAAUGUGCAUUGUAUUGUUUAUGUAAGAGUUGUUACUACCUAAUUAGCUGUUUAAACCAGUUAUUAAUGUAUAACUUUAACUUCUUUUGUUUUGGUGGUGCAAUUUAUGCUCACAUUCAGACAUAUUAUACCAAGAUUAAUUUGUUUAAUGUGGUAUAAAUUUACAUUGGUAUUAUUGGUGCAAUUUUUUUUUUUUUUUCUUUUCAUAUAUAUGAAAUAUAUUAGACUAUGUUCUCAAGUUUUGAUUGUAAUAUACAGUAUAAUAUAUUGUGGUGUAGUUUUGAUGUCACAAAAAAAAAUGUAGUUAUUUAGGAGUGACAGAUGUUUUUGUUUAGGGUUUGAGGUAAAAAAAAAAUAAAAAAUAAAAUAUAUAUUAGUAUAAGUAACAAAAGUGAUUUUAAAAAAUUCAAUCUGCCAAAAUACAUAGAAACUAAAAUCAUGAGUAUGUUUUUCAGCUUGGAUUCAUUUGUAAAAUAGACUUUUCUUGCUCAUUUUUUAGUCGCUCUUUCAUAUUACCCAAUAUUCCCAAAGAACUGUGAUGCUAUAUAUUGUAUAUGUGAAGCACUUUACUUAGACUUUACUUCGCAUAGACCAAAUACAAGAGACCAUUAUAUUACUUUUGCUAAAGGUGCUUUCAGUUUUUAGCAUCACUUAAAAUCAUAUCCCACUUUAACCAGUACAAAUCAACAUUUCAAAGUUUUCUGUCUUAUCCUCCUCACCAGCAUCACCAACACAUGAUCCUAGCAGCAAUAGUUAAGUUAUAGUUAAAUGUUUUCAUAUAGAUAUGUGCAGUGUCUGUAGUCGGUGCUGAUCAGUGCCUAGGUACCUUAACUUGUGUACUCUAGUAGUAACUGUAGCUUUUCCUUUUUUGCAUUCAUAAUGCAGUUUAAAGUUUAAAUGUGUGAUUGUUUUUUUUUUUUGCAGCUCAAGCUAAUGUGUAAUGUAUAUAACCUCCAUUUGAUAAUUUGGAGCUCUUAUAUGUUUCAUUAGUGGACAUCGAAAAGGAUUUCUGUCUAAAACUGUCAGUGUUUUUUGUUUAUUUUUCUCUCCUAAAGGAAAGCUGAUUAUAAACAUGCACAAAACAGUGGAACAGGGUAAUAAUAAUAAUAAUUGUUUUUAACUGUCCCACUGUAACUAUGUAGCAGCUCGAAAUGAUUCAAGAUUCAUCACGAUAUAAUAUAACUGAACAUGUAUUUAACACAUGGCCUUGUAAGCUAUAUUAACUCAUGCACAUUUUUAAUGAUGAGCCAUAGUACCUGGUCAGUAUUUAUUUUUCUAAUGAUCGUCAUAUUUCUGAGAAAACCUUGCGUUAAUGUUGAUGUUCAUGAUUAUUUUGUAAACCUUUUUUUUUUUUUUUUUUUUUAAAUACUGUAUCUCCCAGAUAUAAACACAGUAACAAACUAUAUGCACUGUGUGUGUAUGUGUGUAUGUGUGUGUGUGUGCGCGUGUGUGUGUGUGAAGAUAGAUUGAUAGAUAGAUUGAUUGAUUGAUUGAUAUAUAAAUGUAUAUAUAUAAUCUAUGAUAGAUAUAUAAUAGAUAUAUUACAUUACACUGUACACACACAUACUGUAUAUAUAGUUUUUGUCAGAUACCUUUUCAGAUUACAGUUACUGUCAUGUAUUAGUUCAUAACUGCAUUUAUGCUGUCUAUACAUUUUGUGAAUUAUGUUAACCAAGUAGCUCUGAAUUUGGGGCAGACCAAUAGUGAAGUUAAAACGCUUAUCUUGCUAUACAAUGUUACAUAACUGUUCUCUGAAGGGAGAUCCACUGGUGUUUUUUCUGCUUUUGUUAAGCCAGGAAGCCUAAGAUUCUGAAAUAAAUGAAUCUAACUUUGUCAUAUUAUAUAUUAUAAAUUGCGUGCAUAUCAAGAUGUUACUUUCUUGUUUCUUUUACUCCAUGUAAAGAAGCACUACGCUGGGCUCUUUUUAGUAAUAAAAGGAGUAUUCAUCAAA